AGAGUCAGUUGUGAUGUCAUCUCAGAAUGUUAUAAGGUCUCUGACAAAUAGCCUGAGAGCCACAUUCAACGUAAAACAGCUCAGCAGAGUAACUGCAGUGUGUGUGAGAUGAAGAGAAAAGUGCUGUGCUGACAGAGAGGAAGCGUGAGCAAAACAUAAAGAGAGAGAGAGAGAGAGAGAAGCACGCGAGACUUAAUGGAGGAAUCUACUUAUUCAUUGUGACCCUAAAGGCGUUUACGAACAUACUAAACUUUGUGUGGGAGAAAUGGAGGUAAAAGACUUUUUUGGAGAUCAUGGGAAGCACACAGCCCCCUGCAACUACAAACAUCUCAUUUCAGGCUUUAAACUCCUCAGCACCAGAGACACCCUCCGGUAAAGUACAGGUACUACUUGCCAUUGUCAUGUCUGUAGUGGUCCUGGUUAUUGUCUUUGGCAACGUGUUGGUGAUUACAGCCAUCGCCCGCUUCCAACGGCUUCAAAACGUCACUAAUUGCUUCAUUACGUCACUUGCUUGUGCCGACCUGGUUAUGGGAUUAGCAGUGGUGCCCUUCGGUGCCACUAAAGUCAUUCUGAACAAAUGGCAUUUUGGCAGAUUCUGGUGUGAGGUUUGGACCGCCACUGAUGUUCUGUGCGUCACGGCAAGCAUCGAGACUCUAUGUGUCAUCGCUCUGGACCGCUACCUUGCUAUCACUUCACCCUUCCGCUACCAGUCCCUACUGACGAAGUGCAGGGCUCGCCUUAUCGUGCUGCUGGUUUGGGUCAUCGCCGGACUAAUUUCCUUCCUACCGAUCCAUAUGGAGUGGUGGAUUUCCGACAAUGAAGAAGCGCAAAGUUGCAUAAAUAUCACUUCCUGCUGUGAAUUUUAUAGCAACACCACGUACGCCAUCACCUCGUCCAUAGUCUCCUUUUACAUCCCACUGGUCAUCAUGGUUUUCGUCUACAGCCGUGUCUUUCAGGAGGCGAGAAAGCAACUGAAGAAGAUCAACAAAAGUGAAGGCAGAUUCCAUGCUCAGAAUGGAAAAAAGCAGAUGUCAAGCACUGAGGGUCCAAUCAGUGCCCACUGUGAAGGAAGGAGCGCCAAGAAGCUCAAAUUCUGCCUGAAGGAACAUAAGGCAUUGAAGACUUUGGGCAUCAUUAUGGGCAUCUUUACACUUUGUUGGCUGCCUUUCUUCAUACUAAAUAUCGUGGGGGCGAUACCUACAUUUGAAAAAAUCGAAAACAUCACAUUGACGUCCAAAAUAUUUAACUGGAUAGGCUAUGCUAACUCAGGCUUCAAUCCAAUGAUCUACUGUAGGAGCCCAGAGUUCAGGUAUGCUUUUAAGGAGAUCCUAGGCCUGAAUAGAUCACACUACCCUAAAGCAAAGCCAGCAAAUGGAUUUAAGUAUUCUGGGCAUAGCUGGGAAAGUGAGCACAGAGGACGGAGCAAAGGAAAUUCGGAGAACAGCGACCCAGCAGAGGGCAACUCAGAGAAAGAGUUGGCUGUAGAUAAAAAGGACCCAAAUGGGAACUGCAGUAACAAACUAAUGAAUGUGUUGUAAUUCACCUGGCAAGUCCUGACUCAUUCCAGUAUGACUUCCCAUUAAGUCACAUAAAGACAGGUUACGCCUCUUCUGGUAAGUGGGCACUGAAGGAAGCAUUCUAGGACUGUUUAUUCGUGAAACAAGGCCAUUUUUUAAAUUCAUUUUUAUCAUCUACCUCAUAAUGUAUUGUAUUUUCUUGUACUCAAAUCUGCUCCAUCGGUUUAUUUUGCUCGGACCACAAGGGUAGUUUAUUCAAAAACAAAACAGCAUCAUCAAAAACAUUAUUUAAAGAAAAUGAUCAGAGAUUAAAACAAAAACGACUUCUAUGUCAUAGCAGAAAAUAAUAAAAUAAAUUGUCUUUUAGCACUAAAUAUUUUUCCUACAAUAUUUUAACUACAAUUUAUUUGCAUACAGAGAGAGAGAGAGAGAUAGAGAGAGAGAGAGAGAGAGAGCAAAGCUUUAUUAUCUGUUUUAAUACCAGGGUGUGCGAGUAGUACGUUUUAUGAGAUUUUAUAAAAUACAUUAAUUUAUCAUAAACUCCGUGUAAUUAACCAACAGCAUUGCAUUGUAUAACUUAAUAUAUUUUGUUUAAUUCAAAUUCUAAGUAUCUGAUUAUUUUUAGUCAUGAAUUGUUUUGUUUUUUUUUUGGGGGGGGUGUAAAGGGUUGCACCCUACACAUUGGGGAGAGGGGUGUUGUGAUGCAAAAAAUUUGAAAACCAUGGCAUUAAACGAAGUCUUUCUGCAGCGUCUUUUACUAAAGCUAGGUCAUUUCAGUGGAUGCAGUCUGCAAUGCAAUGCAAAAACUUUUGCCAUGGCUCUUAUUUGUUCCAUUUUGAAUAACAAAAGUACAUAAUGACACGAACAAAAUGUCAUGUGGCAAGCCAAUGCGGAAACCACACCUUGUCACAAUCAAAAAAUAGUGGAAGUAUAUGUAUGUGGUCACGAGAGCUUCUUUAAGGAAACAUGCGAUGUGGUACGGUUCAGUCUUUCAGUCAUGUGAUUGCUCAAACUAAGCAUCGCUAAAUCCCUUUGUGCAGUCUUUUCACAGCAUAUUGACACACAUUUUAUCUUUUGGUUAUUAAAAGCAUACAGGAAACCAGAACAUGGUGGUUAGAUACGCCUGGUGUCAUUUUGGGUCUCUCAGAUGCUUCAAAAUUCACCCUGAACAUUUUCAAGUCUAACAAGCCAGCAAAUAAAUACUUGAUAUUUAGAGUUUGUUAAGAGACAUGUGACUCGCUCCAAAAUGCUAGAAAGAUAAACAAAUUAGGAAGUAUUGAGUUUCCUGUCUGCAAGCAAUGAUGGGUCCAUCUAAUGCAAGCAGUGCAAACCACACAGUCAUUUAUCUGUUCUCCUCUGACUCAAAUUUCUGACCUAGGCGUUUAAUCUAAUGUUCUAUACGCAUUCGCUGUGAACGUGGCCAAUACUUUCGAUACGUGUCAGUGUUUGUCAACGAUUAAUUUUAGGUCAAUUGUUUCCUUUGACAUUUCGUUGUUUGCUUAUUCCAUUAAAACUGUGAACUUUGUUCUUUACCAAAUGUAUUUGUAUUGGUUGUGGCUUUGUGGUCUUGUACUUUUGCACAUUUUUUGUAAUGCAGACACUUCUGUGUGUUUACUUUCCAUUGCUACAAUGUUGUGAUGACCAUUUCUGUUUUAAGAAAGCAUUAAACCUAAUUGCAGGAGUAGAUCUACUGCAGUUUAAAACAAGCUUCAGUAAAUGUAAUACACUGUCAAUAUACUGUAUAUUCAAUGCUAAAAAGACCACAGGUAUAAUUAUAACGUAAUUUCUCUAGAGACUAGUGAAUAUACAUGUGUUAUAUGUGGAUGUCAUUGAUCUUGAUGUGAAGUGAAAAUGACAGCUUGGACAGAUUUGUUAACACUGCACUCUUCUGGGAAAGUUUUUUUCUGCAGGUAGCUUACAGUAAUCGCCUGUGUUUCUGUCCUAAAUUUGUUUCUAUUGAAAUUUUUGUGCAAUUUUUGCCAUGAUUGUAGCAAUGUAAUUGACUGCUGUGUUGGACGUUUAUAUGAAUUCUGCAUUCUAUGGACACGCUUAACCUGUUGAGUAAAGUGUUUACAAACAUCAAUGUCUUUCUGUAAGACAUAGCACCUUCGUUGUAGUAAUUAAGCAAAGUCUGGUCCCUGUACAUUGAUGUUGCUGUAUACUGUACAGAAAUGGCAUCUUGGUGCCCCCUUCAGCAUUCGAUGUGCACUAAUAUAUUUUCACUUAAAAGUUUUACACAAAAAAAUACCUUGUAAAAAUAAUGUAUGUUCACUUACACAAGUCAAAGACUGUUCAUCUGUUUUAUUUGACACAAGGGUGACCCCCUCAUGAUUACUGCCAUGUUGAUAUCAAAUGACCUGUCGAAGAAAAUAAACAAAGUGCCAGUAUGGGUGUAGAUGGGGCAUUUUUAAAAUGGCAAUUGUAAUAUGCUUUUGCAUCAUAUCAGCUGACAAAUGAAAACAAAAUUAACUAUGUUACCUUUAAGUUUAUCAACUAUGUCUGAAAAUUUGGCACAUAUGGCAAAUAAACCUAAAAGAAGGUAAAAAGGAUAGCCUUGAAGGAGAUCAGUCAUCCAUUUGAAAGUACAGUAGUGUGGACAACGCAGUAGUGUGGAUCAGUGCAGAUGAGAUUCAAAAUCAACAUAAUAUUGCUUCAAUGACAAAGCCUAUUUAUACUGUACAUUUAAAAAUCAAUUCAACAAUAAAAGUUAAAACUCAGUCAAAACAAAACCUCUCACUCUCCAAUUCUAUGAACCACUUUAUUCAUGGUCUGUGUACUAUGUAUAAUGCUGUACCAGUUUAAUGUUUACUUAGAUCCCUUUAAGCUACUUUCGCACAAUAAUUAUCAUUGUUUAGUUCAACUAGGAAAGUAUGUUGAAUUAUAACUGUUGUUUAAUUGUAUUUAUGAAAUAUUAGUGUAAUGUCAUUUGAAUUCUGUAAUAAAUGUUUGAAUGAAAGCAAAUUGUUUCUAAAAAUGUCUUUGAAACCAAAACAAAUGCACGG